GCGAGCGCGCUAUAAAACCUAAGCCGGUGCGGCCGGGGAACAGAGGCGAGCGCCCGACCUGCAGCAGGGCGAGCGGGACGGAUCUGCGGCGCCCAGUCUUGUUUCUCAAGGCGAGAGGGAAAAGCCUGAUCAUGCAGAGUGUGCAGAGUCCGCCCAAGCGGUGCAUUGGCCUGGCCUUCCUGCUGUUCCAUGUCCUGGGACAGGUCGCUGCCAACCAGCGCUGUCCCACCCAGUGUCCGGCCCGGUGUCCCAAAAUGCCGCCAACCUGCGCCCCCGGGGUGCGAGCGGUGCUGGACGACUGUUCCUGCUGUCUGGUGUGCGCCCGCCAGCGCGGCGAGAGCUGCUCCCUGCUGGAGCCGUGUGAGGAGAGCCGCGGCCUCUUCUGCGACCGCAGAGCGGACCCCAGCGCGGGAACCGGCAUCUGCAUGGCGGUAGAAGGAGACAACUGUGUGUUUGAUGGGGUCAUUUACCAAAGCGGGGAGACCUUCCAGCCAAGCUGCAAAUACCAGUGUGCCUGCAGAGAUGGGCAGAUUGGCUGUGUGCCCCGCUGUGGAGAGGACCUGCUCCUGCCCCAGCCCGACUGCCCAGCUCCAAGAAAAGUUGAAGUGCCCGGGGAGUGCUGUGAAAAGUGGAUCUGUGACUCAAAUGAGAAGGGGGAUUUGGGAGGCCUCGCCCUUCCAGCCUACAGGACAGAAGCCACGCUAGGAGUUGCAGCCUCUGACUCCAGCAUCAACUGCAUUGAACAGACCACAGAGUGGAGCGCGUGUUCCAAGAGCUGUGGCAUGGGGUUUUCCACCCGGGUCACCAACAGGAACCCACAAUGUGAAAUGGUGAAGCAGACUCGGCUCUGUGUGGUGCGGCCCUGUGAACAAGAACACAUGCAACCGGCAGAUAAGAAAGGAAAGAAGUGUCUCCGCACCACAAAGUCACUGAAAGCCAUCCACUUGCAGUUCAAGAACUGCACCAGCCUGCACACCUACAAGCCGAGGUUCUGUGGUGUCUGUAGUGAUGGCCGAUGCUGCACCCCCCACAACACCAAAACCAUCCAGGUGGAGUUCCAGUGCUCCCCAGGGCAGAUCAUCAAGAAACCAGUGAUGGUCAUCGGGACCUGCACCUGUCACAGCAACUGUCCUCAUAACCAUGAGACCUUCCUCCAAGAGUUAAAACCAAACACCAGCAGAGGGGAAAUGUAACAUGUAAUCCUUGAGACGCAUACGUACAGAGGCAAACUGUAGCUACCCACCAUCAAAUGAAUAUAAGAAAAAUUAGGAAGAAUUAUUAUUUUACCCCUGAGUCCUAUGUAUUUUCUGUGGUCAUAUGAGGUCAGUUAUAUCUGUCUUUUUUUUUUUAAAUGAAAGAUAUGAUUAACUGUAAACUUGAAAUCAAGGUAAGCUCAGGAUAGUACUUAGGGAUGACUUACUUUUCUGUGGUAUUGACUACAAAUGAAAAUUUGUAUAAAUUCGAGAAAUCAGCUACAUGUUUUACUGUGUAGACUAUCACAUUACACUCAUCUUAUUCUGUUAUACACUACUGCCAUAUCAAGAAAAUGUCACUGUCAUGAAUGUCACAGUGAAGUUCAAUAUCACACUGAACAUAUUGUCAUAUGAAUAUUUUGCCACAUAGUGAGGUUUGACUUGAGUCUCUGUUGACCUCUCUUUUUGAAUGGCUCAACGCUGAACUCCCAAGUUCAAGGUGUGAG